CGGAAAUGUCCCCUAGCGGCAGCCGUCGUUGCGUCAGAGAUCCCACAAUUCUGCACGCUGUCAACUAAUACAUCAAGAUGGCGUCGAAAGUACCAGCUUCCAGUGGCCGAUUGCUUACCGUCUUCUCUAAAUGGUUUUACAACGCUGCUGGAUUCAACAAAAUCGGGUUGAUGCGGGAUGACGUGCUCCAUGAGGAUCGCGACGUGCAGGAGGCCGUCAAGAGGUUACCGGAGAACCUUUAUAACGAAAGGAUUUUCCGCAUUAAACGUGCCCUGGACUUGUCCAUGAAGCACCAAAUUUUGCCCAAGAACCAGUGGAUUAAAUAUGAAGAGGACAUGCGGUACUUGGAGCCCUACCUGAAGGAGGUCGUCAGGGAGAGGAAAGAGCGUGAGGAUUGGCAGAAGAAAUAGCACUGUAGAUGUUGCAUUCCUCCUCUGUCCGUGCAUCUUUUCCCCUCUUGCGAUAUCUAAACUGUAUCUUGGUCUGGGAUGUGUAACCAUUAAAGCUGUUCUUACACUGUU